AUGCCUCGUUACAACAAGUAUGCCCCUGGCCCUCGGGCCUCAAAUCCGUACCCUCUUCGUUCCCAAAUUAGUCUUCCCCAGCCGUCCAACCCCUUAGAGAGGGACCGUACACUGGGGUCCCCCAUCCGGAUAGAUUCUCCAGAGUCAUCACGGCCACCGAUCCUAAAUGCGUCGCCAAUUGCGCCGCCCUCAUCGAUCCGGAGCCUGUCGGCUGGGAACCCUAUUGAGAUUGAUUCUCAAGGCUCUCCUCAUCCGCUGGCUCAAAAUCGAUCCCCAGCGGUGCCCUCGUUAGGUGAUCCAAGAACCAUCCCCCGGCCGGUUUCCCCCAAAGCCACCCAAGCCUCUAGAGCUGAUCGGGUACCCCCAGGGUUGGUGGGGCUCCACUCUCAAGAUCAAGGUGGAGCUUCACCUCCUUAUCAACACUGUCCUACCCCCGAGUUGAAUCCGAAUCCGCCGUUCCAAACUCAAGCUACACCUGAGUGGCGUCGCCCUCCUUCGAGCAGCCAAGGUUCCUCGAAUUCGCCAGUGGCCCGUCGUCCUUUUGAGGUGGCCAGCUCUUCAUUGAAUCACCUCUCGUCGCUUCUGAGUUCCAACCGCGCUGUCAUUGAUGAGCCCUGGACGCUACCGCCGGCUCCACGUCCUCAAAACUUGAGCACGCCCAGUGAUAUUCGCUCCGCUGUCGACGUUGACCAAUCCACUUCAACUUCAAUUUCACAAGACGAAUCUGAAGCCUCAGACGAGAACCCUUCUGAGUCCUCCUCUAAUCAGUACACUUCUUCCAGCAAUCAGUCUUAUCCUUUCGCGCGCCAGCCUCAAGUCGCCUCGCCUGAUCCUCCGGGAUUCUAUGACGCCGAUGAGUUUCAUCUCCUGAGGGAUCACCAGAUCGAUUCCCUCCUCAGUCGUCGAGCUGAUCCGGCCAGAUUCGACCGGUAUGCCUUCUGUCCUCGUGAAUUUACGGCUUUUUAUCAGGCGGCCGCUAGUAGCUUCGUGGAUUAUUGUAACGCAGAGCGCCCUUCCUGUCCUCGCGAUCAGGCUCAUCGAGUGAGCCAUUUUAAGUUCCUUAAUCGGAGUUACAUGUCGCUUAGGCAACACUUCCGUCACUUGGAUUAA